ACACUUAUUUGAGUAUUUUUAGUAAAAAUAAACCAUAUUUUGGUUCCUCACUCUAACGUCAAAAGCACUUGCAAUUCGUGCCAGACAUUUGAGCGGCCCCUAAAGUCUAGUGAAAAAUGGCGGCAAAUUCCGAGCUCAUGUCUUUUCGUUACUGUAUUAGCCCAUGACAUAACGCGCCAUAGUACAACGAAACAACGCGCCAUCCUACAAAGACAUAACGCGUUCGAAUCACUCCUCUUAUUGUCGCGUGGAUAUACUUAAUACGGUUGCCUUCGGAGAGUCCAUAGGUUUUGGAAGUCGUUCUGCUUAAGUUUGACCCCACUUUCCUUUUAUUUCACCCUCAAAUUUCACUAGAAUUACAACUUUGCCAUCCAUUUCAGUUGCUAUAUAACCGUGCCCUCGAUUAUUUCUUAUGUUUGCCGAAGUUGAUAUCCAACCGUUCAGUUACAAAAUUUAGUUAAGAAAUUCUAUGGUUCAGACUAACAAUGGAGUCAUCAAUGUCUAGAAGCAAAUCGCAUAAUCCGAAUCUGCACCACAACUGUCAGAGAUCCAUUUCACCCUCGGGUCGGUUCUGUUUUUCCACUAUUUCUUCCUCCCCUGUUACUUUCUCCAGCUUCUCUACUUCAAGCUCUGAUUUGUUUACCCGAUCCACGUCCCCAACCCGGGUCAAUCUUCGUCAAUCAGCAUCCCCUUCACCUUCCGUACGAUUUUCCACCUCUCCCGGCCGUUCAAUUUCUGCUUAUCCAAGUUAUCCACAGCAAAAUCGACGGCCAUUAGCGUCCAAUCAGAAGAAGCAUUGUAUGUGUUCGCCAACAACACAUCCAGGUUCAUUCCGUUGUAACCUUCACAAAAAUACUACUCAGAAUCGCGGUCAGUCCCGGACGUCGUCGUAUCACUCGAGUCAUCAGUUGAAUAUGCGUAGAUCAGCAAUGACGAACUCACUCGUUAGAAUUGGAACCGUGGAAGGUGACUUGUUAAAGAGAGCACUUGCUGCUUUGAUUCGGCCCUCCUCUCAUCAACUCAGGCGUAGAGACGAUUUUCAGCCUCGGCUCAGCAGACUUUCUGCCAUGUCAAAGGCCCAAGAUUUGUAAUAAUGUACAGUUACAAUACUGCACUUCCGGCAUAAGCUGUUACUCUGUUCGGGUUUUUUUUUGUGAAUUUUCAGGCAAAAUCAACCCCCUCCCCAGCCAAGCAAAAGAAAAAAGAACCUUGUUUUUGUAUACUUUGAUUGAAUUUGAAUAGGUUUCAACGCA